UGUUAGAGCAUUUAACACAGUUUUAGAACUUGUAUUUGAAAUAGUAUUAGAGCUUGCAUUAAAUUUAGUAUUAGAACUUAUGUUUGAUAUAGUGUUAGAACUUAUAUUUGAUAUAUUGUUGGAACUUGUAUUUGAAAUAGUAUUGGAACUUGAAUUUGCCAUAUUAAUAUUAGAAUUUAAAUCCAACAUAAUAUUAGAAUUGGAACUAUAA